GAAACGGACUCCUCUGAUUUGCGUGAAACUUUGCAAUAUUUUAAUCUGCAAAACACAAAUCUAAAAGCAAAAAGUCGCUCUUAAGUGAAAGAAGAGUUAUGAAGUAUUAAAAAGUGAUAGUUCUGAGGUUAGGAAAUUUGUCAUACCGACAAUAUGCAGUAACAUGAAGAUGAUGAGUAGCCAUAUGUGCAUGCUCUGUGGUGAUAUACGCAUGCGAGAAACGCAAAUUUGAAACGCAAGUAUGGCCACGUUUACACUGUACGACCUAAUUGCGACCUGACCUAUGUCAUGGCCUAAGCAGGUUUAGUCCCUAACCGUUUACACCGAAAAAGACCUAAAAAUUGAUGAAGUUGUAUUUAGUCCACUCUGGUCCGGCUUAUCUUAACCUUGAAAAUGGCAUCUACACAAGAUAUUUACACGUUUUUUAUAUUUGAAAAAAAUAGGAGAAAUAUUGUGUACUGGAAAAUUAUGCGGCAAAGAAAAAAAAUGUGGGACAAAAUUCGACAACUACACAGGAUGCAGAGAAUAUUAUAUAUGGAAUAUAUGAGAAUGUUUCCUAUGACCAACAUUUUGGAAAUAUAUUUGGACAUGAUACAGACUGAAAGAAGUUUGUAGAUGAAACCGAAAAGUAAUAAUUUUUGGAAUGAAAUAGUGCUAUGUACGUAUACAGACAGAUAGAGAGUUUUCAAAUGCGCAAGGAAACUUUCAAUGAGUUAUGGUUUUUGUUACAACCUGCUUUGGAGCCUAAGCCUGUUAUGUUAAAGUCAAGAGAACCGUUAUCAGUAGAAAAGAAAGUUGCUGUCGCUUUAUACAAAUUAGCAAGUUGUGUAGAAUAUCGUGUCGUGGGAAAUGUAUUUGGCAUUCACAAAUCAACAGUGAAAAAGUGUCUUUAUAAAGUUGUAAAUGCCAUAAAUGAAUUAAUGAUGAAAGAUUAUUUUCAAAUGCCGAAUACCGAAGCUGCUGAAAUAGCUAUGAAUUUUGAAAAAAUAUCACAUAUCCCACAAAUUAUUGGAUGUAUUGACGGUUCGCACAUAUCCAUUUUGGCUCCUACAGAAGGCUAUCGAGAUUUUGUUAAUCGUAAGGGUUGGCCCUCAUAUAUUUUGCAAGCCGUUGUUGAUGACAAAACAGGUUUAGAAAUAUUUGUAUUCGUCAUCCUGGGAGCACUCAUGAUGCUGCUGUUUUUAAAGAUUCGAGUUUAUAUAAAGAUAUUGAAAAUAUUAUUCCACAGGUUACAAGAAAUAUUAGUGGCUUAGAGAUACCUUACCUAAUUAUCGGUGACCCAGCAUAUCUGCUGUUACCAUGGUUAAUAAAAAGUUAUCCUGGUAACGUAAUAGCAGCACAAGAAUCCUUUAAUGUAUAUUUAAACUCUGCAAGAGUUGUUGUAGAAAUAACAUUCGGCCGUUUAAAAGCACAUUGGAGAAUACUUUUAAAAAGAAUUGAUGUAAACUAUACAUUCGUUCCACAUAUUACUAGUGCCUGCUACAUUUUGCAAAAUUUUCUCGAAUGUAGGAAGGAACAAUGUAUUCAACACUGGCUGAAUGAUAUGGUUGAAGCGGAAAUAAUACACCCGCAACCUGUUAAUGCUAUACAUCGAGAAGGUGAUGACAUAUCUGGGUCAACUAUUCAAAAACAUUUAACAGAUUAUUUAUGUCAUAAUUAUCCGUCGCGU